GUUCGAUCCCCUCAGACGGCGUUCAUAAUUUUUUUGUAUUUGUCCUUUUUGUUUGGGUCCCUAAUCUUGAGUCUAUCUUCUGGUUUAAGGUAUAAAUAAUUAAAUAUUAUAAAUCCUAACCCGACUCGGUGCACUUCAAAACGAGUUAACUAAUUUUACCUUCCAAGCCAUCAAUCAAUCUCUUUCAAAGGUUUUAGGGUUCCGUCACCGAUAACUCUCUCUCUCUCUCGUCAAAACAUGACUGCCGAAUUGAAAGAGGAGAUCCUCGCAGCCAAAUUGGAAGAGCAGAAGAUCGAUCCUAAGGUUUCCGAUUUUAGAUCUGAAUCUUCAUUUGUCGAACUCCAUGAACAUCUCGGACAUGACGGCGAGGAAGGCGGCCGAUCAAAGCAAAGCAGAAGUGAGAAAAAGAGUAGGAAAGCAAUGGUGAAGCUUGGGAUGAAACCCAUCACUGGUGUUAGCCGUGUCACCAUCAAAAAGAGCAAGAAUAUCUUGUUUGUGAUAUCGAAACCUGAUGUGUUCAAGAGUCCAGCAUCAGAUACAUAUGUGAUCUUCGGUGAGGCGAAGAUAGAGGAUUUGAGCUCGCAGCUUCAGACUCAGGCUGCAGAGCAGUUCAAGGCUCCGGACCUCAGCAGCAUGAUUUCAAAGGGAGAAACAUCGAGUGGUGUAGCCGCAGCUGCUGCUGAUCAGGACGAUGAAGUGGUGGACGAGGAGGGUGUGGAGCCAAAGGACAUCGAGCUGGUUGUGACCCAAGCAGGAGUGUCUAGAUCAAGGGCUGUUAAGGCUCUCAAGGCCGCUAAUGGAGAUAUAGUCUCUGCCAUCAUGGAGCUUACCACCUAAAUUCCAAAACCUUUUCUACUUGGAUGAUGUUUCUUUUUCCCUUUCAAGUGUUGUAUCAUUAUUUAUACCAUCAUCUUAAGACUCAUUUUCAUAUUUUCAAGUGAGAUUUUCAUGAGUUUGUUUUGUUAUCAAGAGAAAUGCUAGUGCUGAUCUUAUCUCUAUGGCAUCAUCACUCAAGCUUUUACG